AUGAUCGGCUACUUCUGGCACGUGACUGACCUCCACGUAGACAGAGACUACUCAAUCCGGGGCUCUCGUAAACUCUCAUGCCAUCGUAUUGAUAAGGGACCGAGUGGCUUGCGGGCUGUUGGGCCGUACGGAGACUACCUUUGUAACACUCCCAAACUACUGGCAGUGUCCACCUUUGCUGCCAUGGAACGGAUCAAGCCCGACGUAGAUUUCAUACUAUGGACAGGGGACAACAUGCCCCACACGAAGGGGAUCACGUGGCCGGCUCUGUACAGCCAGACGGACUGGAUCAGAGCUGCGCUGUCGCGCCACGCGCAGCGACACCGGGCCCUUCUGCUGCCCACUUUGGGAAACCACGACUGGGUUCCGGCAAACGCCUUGGAAUCCGAGGACGCCGCGCACUACCGAGCAUUUCUCAGCGAAGCCGGCUUCAACCAGCUACUCCUUGAAGACGGGUGGAGCACUUUCGAGCGAGGUGAGGCAAGUAGACCGCCCGGGGUACUUACUGUAUUAGAACUCUCUUCUGCAUCCGACCUGAACCACGAGUCGCCACCCCGUUUAUGUGGCGUCAGGUUCGUUCGUCUGCGACCAGCCACCGCGACGUACAUCAUGUUGACCUCAGAGCCCCCUGUUUUUGACAGUGGCUACUAUAGCCGGUCGCUUUCAAAGAACAUUCGAGUGGUGUGCCUCAACUCGGCUCUCUGGUACAGCGUCAACAAGGGCCCGCGUCCUGGUCCCACUGACCCCCAGAUGACCUGGCUUCGAGACCAAUUGCACGACGCAAGGCGUCUAGAACAGAAGGUGUUCAUAUCAGGACACAUUGGACCUGGCUUCCUUGCCCGCUCUAUUGCGGGCGAAACCGCACGCAUGGUGUUAUUCGAUGAUAUUAACGACAAGUACCAGGAUCUGAUCGCAGAGUACAAGGACGUCGUGGCCGGACAGUUUUUCGGCCACCAGCACAGCAACGCCUUCGUCCUCUUGUCGGACAGGAAUGUGGGUCUGUUCCUGGCCGACACACUCACAUGCUCAAAACACAACUUCCAAGCUUACGCCCCACACUCCAAGCCGUACGCAGGCACUCCGGUGAGCUCAGUGCAACUGGCCGGGUCUGUGACACCAUGGGGCAGCGGCCAUCCGGUCUACCAUGCCGAGUCGGUGCCUACUAAUCCCUGCGUACGUCUCUACACCUACCACCGCGCCACGGGGGCGCUCCUUGAUUACACUGUCUAUUACCUGGACUUGGAAAAAGCCAACUUGGAUGCCUUUUACCAGGAGGAGCCUCAGUGGGAGCUCCUGUACUCGGCGAGAAACGACCUCGGCGUACCCGACCUGAGCACGGCCUCGAUGGUCGACCUCGCCAAAGGAAUCGCCCGUUCGCCCGAGCUGCUGUCGCGGUACAUCGGUUUCAGUUCGUCCCUCAAGGACGCUGGGCCGUGCGACAAGGCCUGCAGGCGAACGAUGCUGUGCGCUGCCCUCGCGUCGAGACGGGAUUCCCACGCCGCCUGUCUCGCGCAAAACGACAGGCACCGCCGUGCUCGACUUUGGAGGACGAACCGCGACCGCGGAGUAGACGCCAUCCCGACAUGUUUGGACGUGGCCGUCCUGCUGUCGGUGACGCUCACCGGUGUCGCUUUCAUCUUGCUCGUCAAAAGGAACAGCACGAUGCGGUUAUACGCGCGAUAUACGCGAAUCUGGUGA